UCCUUUAAUUUACCUUUCCCAACCUAACCAAUAUAAUGCACUCCAUUACCACCCCAAACAAUGACAACAACAACAACAACAACAACAACAACAACAUCAAUGUUUUCCAAGAAGCAACAUCACUUUUAAACCUCUCACUCCCCAUAGCACUCACUGCUCUCCUUCUCUACUCUCGUUCCAUCAUCUCCAUGCUCUUCUUAGGCUCUCUCGGCGACCUCCCUCUAGCCGCCGGCUCCCUUGCCAUCGCCUUCGCCAACAUCACCGGCUACUCCAUCCUUUCCGGCCUCUCUCUCGGCGCCGAACCUCUCUGUUCCCAAGCCUCCGGUGCUUCCCGCCCUGACCUUCUCUCACUCUCUCUCUUCCGUUCCUCUCUCCUUCUCCUCUCUAUCUCCCUCCCUCUCUCCCUCCUCUGGCUCAACUCCUCCAAGAUCCUCACUUUCUUCAAUCAAGACCAUGAUAUUUCUCUUCUCUCUCAAAGCUACCUCCUUUUCUCCCUCCCUGACCUCUUUUCCUUCUCUCUCAUUAACCCCAUCCGCAUCUACCUCCGUUCCCAAUCCAUCACUCGUCCGCUAACCCUCUCCGCCGCCAUCUCCGCCGCCGUUCACCUCCCCGCCAACCUCAUCGCCUCAAAACUCCACCUUGGUGUCCCCGGCGUCGCCGCCGCCUCUGCCACCUCCAACCUCUUCAUGCUUCUCACUCUCCUCCCUUUCGCCCGCCAAACCCGUUAUCCCAGCAUCCGAGAUUGCCUUACCGGGUGGGGCCCGUUAGCCCGUCUCGCGGCCCCAAGCUGCGCUUCAGUUUGCUUAGAGUGGUGGUGGUACGAGCUCCUCAUCAUCCUUUGCGGGCUUUUACCCGACCCGAAACCCGCUAUCGCCGCCAUGGGCGUUCUAAUCCAAACCACUGCUUUGGUCUACGUGUUCCCCUCUUCGUUGGGUUCGGGCGCUUCGGCCCGGGUUGGAAACGAGCUCGGUGCGAACAGGCCCGGUCGAGCCAGGUCAGCAGCUAGAGUCGCUGUUGGGCUUGCGGGUUUAUUGGGCUUCAUCGCAAUGGGCUUUGCUGCCGGAGUUAGGCAACGGUGGGGCCGGAUGUUUACUCAGGACGGGGAGAUCGUGCGGCUGACAGCUGCUGCGUUGCCGAUCGUAGGGCUGUGCGAGGUCGGUAACUGUCCUCAAACGGUUGGGUGCGGUGUGUUGCGUGGGAGUGCCAGGCCGGCACAUGCGGCCCGGAUAAAUUUGGGUGCGUUUUAUUUGGUGGGAAUGCCGGUUGCGGUUGGACUAGGACUUGGGCUUGGUCUUGGGUUUUGUGGGCUUUGGAUGGGCUUGCUUGCUGCCCAGAUAUGUUGUGCUGGGUUUAUGAUUUAUAUAGUGGGGACCACUGAUUGGGAGGCUCAGGCUCGUAGGGCCCAGUUGCUCACUUAUGGGAAUAUUGAGGUUCACAACUGUGACUUGAAGAUUAUGGAGGAAGGGAAAGGUUUGGUUGAUGAGAAGGGAGUUGAUGAAGAUGGAGAUGAAGAUGAAGAUAGAGAUGAGGAGGUUUGUUUUCAACCGUUGAUUGAAAAUAAGAUGUCCGUGAUGGAGAGAUGAAUGGCUGUAAAUUAACAAUAGAGAUUAGA